UGAAUCUGAUUGUACAUCGAAUUUUUCUAGCUCUCUCACUUCUAAAUGGGUUAAUAUUUUGUUUAGAGUGUAUAAAUAAUGUAAAUUUUAUGUUUUUAAAAAACUCAACUAAAUACCAUUAUGAAGGAUGUGAAUUUAAAAACUGGAAAGGUGGAAAAUGCACAGCUUUUCGAGGUAUACCUUAUGCAAAGCCACCUAUUAAUGGACUUCGAUUUAAGGAUCCUCAACCAAUUGAAAAUCCGACUACUUUUGUAGAUGCCCGAAAUGAUGGACCAGAUUGUUCUUCAACAUUUGGCGCUAAUUUCUCAGAAGAUUGUCUUUUUCUAAAUAUUUAUUCAAAAUCGUGGAUCUUUAAGGAACCCUACUCUGAAAACCACCUUCGACCAGUAAUAUUUUUCAUCCAUCCUGGUGGUUUCUAUCUUGGAACCGGUGCAAGUUCAUUCCUUGGACCUGAAUAUCUACUCGAAAAAGAUAUAAUUCUUGUAACAUUUAACUACCGACUUGGUGCAAUGGGAUUUUUAAAUCUUGGAACACCUGAUAUACCCGGAAAUGCUGGUUUAAAGGAUCAAGUUAUGGCAUUGCGUUGGGUUAAUGAUAACAUUGAGUAUUUUGGUGGUGAUCCAAAACAAAUUACUUUAAUGGGUUAUAGUGCUGGAGGAUUUAGUGUGUGUCUUCAUUUAGUUUCUCCAAUGUCUCAAGGACUUUUUCAAAGAGCAGUCAUUAUGAGUGCAUCUAUUCCGCCGCAGUCAAAAAUUCCACGAAGAAAUCAAAUAGAAUUAGCUAAAAAACAAGCAAAACUGAUGGGCUGUGAUAUGGAAUCGUCAUCAUUAAAAACUGAAAAUGAUAGAAUUCUAGAAUGUUUAUCUCAGUUUGAGGGAUUGGAAAUUUCAAAAACUUUUAGAAAAAUGUUUCAUUAUGGAAAUGAUAAUCCAAUUUAUUUGUGGUUACCAGUUAUUGAAAAAAAAUUCGGACAAGAGAGAUUUUUAAUUGAAGAUCCUUAUAAGUCAUUUAAGUCGGGAAGAUUUGCCAAAGUUCCAUUACUAAUUGGAUUUACAACUGGAGAGUUUUGUACUUCAGCAAAAGACAUUCUUACAAAUGAACUUUUGUUGAAUCAAUUUAAAGAAGAAUUCAAUAGAAUUUCACCAAUCUGCUUUAUGUAUUCUGAACACAAAAACGAAGCUAACAUUACUCAAGCAAUUUUAUCGGAAUAUUUGGAAAAUUUCAAAAACGGUUUAUCAGAAAAAGAUUUCGAAAAUCUGUGUAGCGUGUUUUCGGAUUCAAUUAUUCGUUUUGGAGUUGAAAAAAUUUCAAAUUUGGCUUCUAAACAUGUCAAUGUAUAUCCAUAUCGAUUUUCUUAUGAAGGAAGUACGAGCUUUUUGCAUUAUCCUGGACAUAAAGCCGUCGAACAUAUGGAUGAUUUGAUGUAUCUAUUUAAAUUAUGGAAUAAAACAUUUUCACCAAAUGAUCCUGAAUCGCAUAUAGUUGAGAAUAUGGUUGGAUUUUUUACAAAGUUUGUUGAAAAUGGAAAACCUGAUGAAGAUUUCGAAUAUAAAAUGCAAACAUUUGUUGAAUUUGGUGAGAAGGUGGAAAUCAGAAAUGGACCUUAUUUUGAAAAGUAUCAAUUUUGGGAAAAUUUAACAAAAUAUUAAAAUUUAAAUUUACAAAUUAAUGAAAUAUUUAAUGAAAUGAAGAUGGAUUUUAAUUCAUUAAAAUUGGUUCAUGCAUUAAUGAAAAAUUUAAUCCAAAUAUAUUUGGUUUCUGUUUGGUUUUCAAUGACAAAUAAAAAAAAACAGUUUGUUCGUA